CCAAAUUCCUGCAAAAAGAUCAAUCCUUGGUGCUACAACUGGAAUCUACCUCACCGGAGCGCAUUAAAGACGAGAAAUUUCCAUCUGGAAAAAAGGUAGAAAUCCAUCACGUGUGAUAACAAGCUCUUCCAGUUCAAAAGGUUCAUACACCUGUUCACUGAAAUAACCCAAAACUGAAAUUUCAUAGUACUUUACACCUACCUACACGGAUUUAGCCCUUCUUGCUCCUCCUUUCCCUUGUUUCUUCUUCUGAAUUUACCUCCAAAAAACCUCUCUUUCCUUCUGGGUUUCUCCCUCUUCGGGUUGGGUCCGGGUUGUUUGAUUCGGAUCCUCAAGACAUGUCAGUGGAGGCAAGUUCCGGUCACGGGGAUCACAGCAUCAAGGGAAUACCAACUCACGGUGGACGCUAUGUUCGGUAUAAUGUGUACGGUAACCUCUUUGAAGUUUCCAGAAAGUAUGUUCCUCCCAUACGCCCUGUUGGCAGAGGUGCUUAUGGUAUUGUCUGUGCUGCUGUGAAUUCGGAGACAGGAGAGGAGGUUGCUAUAAAGAAGAUUGGUAAUGCAUUUGACAACAGAAUUGAUGCCAAAAGGACUUUGAGAGAAAUUAAGCUUCUUCGCCACAUGGAUCAUGAGAAUGUUAUUUCCAUCAAAGAUAUCAUACGCCCCCCACAGAGGGAGAACUUCAAUGAUGUUUACAUUGUCUAUGAAUUAAUGGACACUGAUCUUCAUCAAAUUAUACGUUCCAACCAAUCGUUGGCCGAUGAUCAUUGUCGUUACUUUCUGUAUCAGGUGCUACGAGGGCUCAAAUAUGUACAUUCAGCAAAUGUCUUGCAUCGUGAUUUAAAGCCCAGCAAUUUGCUUCUAAAUGCCAAUUGUGACCUUAAGAUUGGAGACUUUGGGCUAGCAAGGACAACAUCUGAAACUGAUUUCAUGACAGAAUAUGUGGUUACUCGUUGGUACCGAGCACCAGAAUUGCUGCUUAAUUGUUCAGAAUACACUGCAGCAAUUGAUAUUUGGUCUGUGGGUUGCAUACUUGGCGAAAUCAUGACCAGGCAGCCCCUUUUUCCUGGCAGAGAUUAUGUUCAUCAGCUGAGACUCAUCACAGAGUACUUUCUGUAUCAGGUGCUACGAGGGCUCAAAUAUGUACAUUCAGCAAAUGUCUUGCAUCGUGAUUUAAAGCCCAGCAAUUUGCUUCUAAAUGCCAAUUGUGACCUUAAGAUUGGAGACUUUGGGCUAGCAAGGACAACAUCUGAAACUGAUUUCAUGACAGAAUAUGUGGUUACUCGUUGGUACCGAGCACCAGAAUUGCUGCUUAAUUGUUCAGAAUACACUGCAGCAAUUGAUAUUUGGUCUGUGGGUUGCAUACUUGGCGAAAUCAUGACCAGGCAGCCCCUUUUUCCUGGCAGAGAUUAUGUUCAUCAGCUGAGACUCAUCACAGAGCUCAUAGGUUCGCCUGAUGAUUCCAGCCUUGGGUUUCUUAGAAGUGACAAUGCGAGAAGAUAUGUAAGACAGCUUCCACAAUACCCUAGGCAACAGUUUUCUGCAAGAUUUCCUAACAUGUCCCCAAGUGCUCUGGAUUUGCUGGAGAAGAUGCUUGUGUUUGAUCCAAAUCAACGUAUUACAGUUGAGGGGGCAUUGUGCCAUCCAUACAUGGCACCCCUUCAUGAUAUCAAUGAGGAGCCUGUUUGUCCAAGACCUUUCGUUUUUGAUUUCGAGCAGCCAUCUUUUACUGAAGAAAACAUUAAGGAGCUUAUCUAUCGAGAAUCUGUAAAAUUCAAUCCAGAUCCAAUUCAUUAAGGAUGAUCUGUUGUACCCACUUGGGAGUGGCAUCCCAUGACUCUCAUUUGUAAUCCUACUAUGUAGAACCCAUCAGUCUCCCUGAGACUGAAAGAUAAACAAGCUCGGCAAACAUAUGAAUAUUCUGUAUGUCAUGAGAGUUUUAUUCAACUUCAUUUCACUUCUGUUGCUGCCUGUAACCUACAAUUGCUUAGAAAGCAUCUCUAGUGUAAUAGCUCUUAUUGCUGUAGAUCAGAUUAUUAUGCAAACUGAUGCUCCAGGUAUCACUACAUUUCAUC